ACAUUAAAGGGAGAUAAUGAUCGACAGUUUUGGCCCUUGGGCAUUUACAUAUUUGAGAACCAAAUGACACAAUUACGUAACCAAAGUGGGAAUGAGAGAUGACAAUCAACAAUGGAAGAAAGAGGGAUAAAUUGCGAAUAAUACAACUUUGAAAAGACUAAUAUUGAAAUUCCUGAUCGUUACAGUUACAUUAUGCAGAUAUAUUGGAAGUACAUACGACAUAAUUAAAUGUCAUAUAUUACCUUCAAAUCAAGUAACUAAAAAGGAAAAUAAAGAAAAACGAUAUAUGUUGUUAGUUUGUGAUUGGAAUCUACGUAUGAGAAAAUAGCAGUAUUAUGAAGCAUCCGGAAUGGAAUUAGCAAUAAUUGGGUGUCAUAGGGAACACAAAGUCCAACCAACUACAAUAAAUUAUUGAUCAUAUAGAAUUAUAGAUUCGACAACAGAGGAAAAGACCGCUAAAAUCUACCAUCUACAAUAAUAGUUUUUAGCUUUUAUGCAAAUUAGAAUAAGAUAGAAAUCUUGAUCUCUAAUCUACAAUAUAAAUGAAAUCCCCUUGUUGAACGUGGCCACCUCUUUUAAGCAAUUCCCCGAAAGAAAAUUCAGAAGGCAGCUUUAUUUACAUUUUCAACACCUCUACUUUAUACCAGAAUAAGUAUCUUCCCAGAAAGGAUUUUGAUUCGUGCCAUGGCUCUUGUUGUCUACUGGUGUAGUAAGAAAGACAGAAAAAGGAAGAAAAAAAAAGACAGGCUUGAUUGGAAAAUAUUGCUCCUGUUGUUGCAGAGAAUAAAAGGGACUAGGUAGAGGGGCCUCAUUUUCCCUCAAAAUUCAAACUUGUCCACUACCAAAGAAAUCCUUAAAAGCUAAUCUUUGACUUUAUCGACCAAAUGUAAUUGCUUCAUUUUGGUUUCACCUCAUAAAUCAAUCCUUAUGCCUCAAUUCCAAUUAGUUGUAUCAACUUUAUGAUUCAUCUAUAUCUAUUCAUUCAAAAAUGAUUCGUCGUAAUUAGAUUAUUUUUACGUUGUCAAUCAACCUACUGUAUCCACGACUAAUUUAACUUGAUAAGCCAAGAGAAAUUCUCUGUAGCCAGGCAUCCGACCAAGCAUAAAUAUAUGAGCUAGCUCACACUCAACUCUUAAGGUUCUUCAGAAUUUCACUUUUGGAACCAAACAAAAACAUGAUGAAGAACAACAACAUAAAGCCCCUGAGGGGAUCAGGGACAUCUCUAGUAGCAAUGAAAAGAUUCAAUAAUACCUCUUCGUUCUCGUUGACACAAGCUCCACUCUCAGCUGCCUCUGCUCAUUCCUCGGCUGCAAAGACCAAGGGUGGUAACCAGCCAUCUCCCACUCCAACCUACAUAGAGUUCCCAACAUCGCCCCAGCCACCUGAUGAUCACGACGGGAUUCAUGCUAAUCACAAUGGAACCAUUGUUCAUCAUACUCACUCAAAGCACCCACUUGCUGAGAUUACUCUCUCGGAACUAUUUACUUGCUCCGGUUGCAGGGAGUUUGGCGCUGGCCGUAGGUAUGCAUGCCAAGAUUGUGAUUUUCAGCUUCAUCACUUUUGUGCCUUAUCUCCACCCUCUCUUAAGGCUCAUCCUUUCCAUGGCCAACACCAACUCGUCUUCCAUGCUAAACCUAAACAAGUUAAAGCUGGAAUAACGUGGCCAAGGUGUGAUGUCUGCGGCAAAUCCACCAAAGGGUUCACAUUUAGAUGCAGAGUCAACUCCUGCAAUUUCCAAAUGCAUCCCUGUUGUGCCAUGCUUUCCACCGAGGUUAAACUUCCCAUUCACCCACACCCACUUAAAGUCUUACCACCAGGAAAUGCUUUAUCAGGUGGUAAUGAUCAAUCAGGAAUGGUCUGCAGUGCAUGCAAGAAGAAAAGAUCAUCAGGUCGAGUGUACAGCUGCACAGUCUGUGACUACCAUCUUCAUGCAAUGUGUGCUAAAUCCAUGAUCAACGGCCUCCAAGAAUAUGGAAUCAAGCCUCCUGAAAAGCCCAAUGUGCUUGGGACUGCUGCUCGUCUUGCUUCUCAAGUUUUUAUUGAAUUUAUUGGAGGUCUUAUUGAAGGAUUAGGAGAAGGCGUCGGAGAAGCUCUGGUUCAGAACAUCGGGAGAGGAAGGAGAAGCACUAGCAGAAGAAGGAUUGCAUGAAGGAUGCAUAGGGAGCCCCCUUAUCUCCCAACUAAUAUUUCCAAACCCCUUCCCCCUUUCCCAUUUUCUUUCACUCUCAAGAAAGUGGGAAAAAUGCUAAUUAAAAAUUCCUUAAUAUUCUUCUUAAAGGACUUGAAAACAAUAAUUCAUUAAAUUGUUUAGUAAGUUAACUUAUUGAAACUUUCAAGUGAUACAGAAUGAGCAAAUUUCUACAUAUUACAAAAAAGGAUGCGUGCCACACAUGUAAAAGAAGUAUAUUUUCUUCCCUAUCAUUUACAUCACAUCAUAAACAGAAGCUAUAUGGUUAAUUCCAGAACUUGAGUCUUUUCUACACCCCAUUACAAACAAGAUCAUAUAAGGUUAAUUGUGCUGGAUACAGACAACCUCGAAUACUCUUCUGGUGCAAAAUGUUUUUACCUUUUCAAUGUACGAUGUUAUUUUUAGAAGAUAGUUUAGAUAAACUAGGGAGCUCAUGUAUUACAGUGUUACAAUACAAAUAAGACAAAA